CGAAGUACCGCCGGUACACAAACUUCCGGUCACCAACUUCCGACUUUGCCACAUCAACAAUGGAAUCGUUGUACAAUAUUCCCUUUUCUGUGUUAGAAUGUCCACGGUUAAGGUUAAAGAAGCCGACGUGGAUCAAGCAACCCUCUGCGAUGACAAUGUUUGCAAUUGUCUUGCUGUCAUAUUUUCUUGUGACAGGAGGCAUUAUCUAUGAUGUUAUUGUAGAGCCACCUAGUAUUGGUUCCACCACGGAUGAAAGAGGGAAUUCUAAACCUGUAGCCUUUAUGCCUUACAGAGUAAAUGGUCAAUAUAUAAUGGAGGGGUUAGCGUCUAGUUUCCUAUUCACCCUCGGAGGGCUCGGUUUUGUUAUUCUCGACCAGACAAAUUCACCAGUGAUGCCUAAGCUUAAUAGGAUACUGCUAUUCUGCGUAGGAUUUGCGUCCAUUCUUAUCUCAUUCUUUAUGUGCAGAGUUUUUAUGAGAAUGAAAUUACCAGGUUACCUACAGUCAUAGAGAAGUCUCCAAAUAUUAAGAGUACCAUCAACUUAUCUUAACAGCUUUAAUAAACAUUUGUAAUAAUUUAUCUUAUAAAACUUGAAAAAAGGGGGUUCUGCCAACUGUUCAUGUCUGAAUUGAGCACAGAGAGACACACAGAAUUUUUUUAAGCUUCUUUGUGUGUCAGAAUGCCGUCAAAAAUAAUGAUGAGAAUUUACCUUUUUCGUUAUUCCAUUACUAUAAUAUAUGAAUUCCAUGUUAA